UUUGUUUCGCUACGCGGCCGCUGUUGGCGCUACCAGAGUCGUUUCGUGCGCUCGAAGUAGGCAGUGGAUAAUGAUACUGGAGUGUUGGUGCGAUUGGUGUUGAAGUCAUUUACAUGUUGGUGAAAUGAGCAAUUAUUUAAGUUUUUCUUUUUCGUUACGCGGAUAAAAUACCUAAUAAAAGGAGGCGCGAGGUCACAGCCAUGCAGAGGAGUCGUGACCUGUGACCUGCAGGAUGAUCGCCCCGGCCUCCCCGGCCUCCCCACCGCCCCUGGCGCUCAUCUUGCACUCCUUCCCGCACCUCAACAUCUCGCUUCACCUCGUCAACUCCACCUUCGAGCCUCGCAGCACCGUCUACCUCGAGUCGCUGGGCAUCCUGGGAUCCCUGCCGGCCGCCUGGCUGAUCCUCACACUGCUGGUGCUGCUCAUAUACCUGCUGACGAGAUGCUGCGACCACAAGCCACGGCCCAAGCGCAGCAUCACCGCUCUCAAGUGGACCCUCGCCAUCUUCGCUCUCCUGUGCUGCGCGGCGGUCGGCGCGGGGUUGUACGGCAACGACGACGUGCACAACGGCCUGGAGCAAUUCCUGGUCGCCGCGCAGAGCCUCGAGGACCACGUGCAGUCCGUCAGGAACCAGACAGACGUGAUAGAGGCGACGCUGCAGCAGAAGAUCCUGCCGCUGCUGACGGAGCUCGGUGACGUGUUCGACAACCCAGUGGCCAACCAGACGGCGCGUGGCAUGCUCCUGGCAGCACUCACGAGUGUGCUGAACAACACUUCGCUGGCUCUCACGUGCACCCGGGACAUCAGCCGGCCCAUCCACGGCAUCAGCUUGGGCGACUUCCUGUCCCUGGUGCAGGCCUCGGAGACCAUCAGGUGGCCUGUCACCAUGGCCGUGCUGAGCGUGCUGCUGGUGUUCUGUGUGGUUCUGCUGUUCGGCGUGGCCAGGCACUCGCGCUGCGCUCUCAUCACGUUCUCUGUGUUCGGCCUGUUCGCCGUCAUCGUCUCGUGGCUGAUGGCCUCGCUGUACCUCGCCGCCGCCGUUGCGGCCGGUGACCUGUGCGUGGCGCCAGACGGCUACCUGCAGCGCCAGGCGGGCUCCGCGCUCCGGGCCGACAUCCUCACCUACUACAUGCACUGCGACGACUCCCACACGAACCCCUUCAACCAGCGCUGGCUGCAGGGCAAGGGCGCACUGAAGGCCAUGGGCAGCAGUCUCGCGGUGGUGUCGCGCCUCGCCCUCAGGCUCUACAACCCCGUCGACCUGAACCCCAAGCUGGACGUGGUGACGACCGAAGUGAAGCACGCGGACGGCCUCAUGUCGGCGCUCGCCACGCUGCUCGACUGCAAGGCCUUCCACAAGCAGUACGGGCGGGCCGUGGACAGCGUCUGCGACCUGGGCCUGUUCGGCCUGAGCUUCAUGCUCCUGGCGGCAGUCGCGGCAGGUGUCUUCUUCACGGUGCUCGUCUGGGUCGACUCGCACACCUGGAUCUACAUCAGGAAGAGGCGGGACUACCUGCAGGUGGACGAACAGGACCCCUUCCUGCCCCCCUCGGCCGCGUCGCAGGCCAUAGCCGCGCGGACCCUGCGCAGCCAAGGGUCGUAUGGCAGCACGGGCCUGUUCCGUUCCCACCACACCCCUUCACCUCCUGCCACCCUAGAUGGCCGCGGUGCCCGCGAGGAGAAGUCCCAGCACGGUCCCCAUCAUGAGUCAGCAGGCGGUGGAGGGCCUGAGUUCGGGUCCGGAACCUCUGCAAUGCUUGGACCUAACCAUGGGCAGUACGCGACUCUGAGCAAACAGUGUAAGACGCUGGAGUCUUCCGAUUUUUACUGAGGAGCUGGCGCCGGAGCCCAGCAAGAGUGCGCGCCUGGCCGGAGCGCAGAGAGGCCACUGCGCGACCUUGAGUCGGCCCGCCGCCCCGCCCGCGUACCGCAUAACCGAGCUGUGAGCCCAGCGGAGCUGUCCGCCUGUCCCGGGACACGGAGUCCAGCCUCGACUUCCAUCGCAGUCGAGCCUGUCGUGACCAGGGUUGUAAAGGAUUCCAUUUCCUACAAAUUCAGUUAAAAGUUGAAAGUGGUCGAGCUAUUCAACAAAACACAAUUUUCUCUUAAACGAGCAGCAGAAUACGGUCUCCAUUUUGAAUAUAGACUAACACUGACUCCUCUAAAUGUAAAAAAAGAUUGGUAGUUGUACAUUCAGGCCUUUUUUUUUCCUGUACAUUCAGACUGUGCUAAUUCUGCUCAAACUAAGUUGUCUAACUUAUCAAUCCUUAACUGUUUGGAAGAAAAACCUCAACAACAAUCAUUUUACCUAAUGAACAUACAGUUGCUUUGCAUUUACACCAACAAAAAAAUACAAACAUUUUGAAAGACUGAUGCGUCUUUGUUAAACUUUCCUUUAAGCAUCAAAGCUGUCAACAUCAAGGUUUGGAAAUUAAAUGCAGUCUUUGUGAAUGUGUGGCGAGAUUACUUAGAGCAAUUAGGUAUUACCAAUGAACCAAUUAGGUAUUACUAAAACAUUAAUGAAUAUGAAGUAAAGGUAUAUUUCUUUGCUACACCUAAUCAUUAUUUCUAUUAACAUACAAAAAAUGAUAUCGUACAAAUUUGAGGCUUGUCAAACAAUAUAAAUGUAAUUGAAUCGUGAAGCUCAGUAGAGGCUGGUUGCGAGGGGGUUCACGAGCAGACCAGCGGCUGGCUCCCUUCCUGUUCGAGACAGGGGCACGCAUGGCAGGGGGUACAAUCGGAAGAGUCCUGCGUCUUACAGCAAUGAAGUAUAGUCUUGGUCAAGUCUGGUGCAAAUUAUCCAGUACAUUAACCACGAGAGCUUUCGAGCCUGUGAAUUUUAGUGUUAUUUAUUUUCUGGGUUUGAGAAUUCUUCUCAAUUCUUUCAGUGUUGAAAUCGUUGUAAAUAAGACAUGUUAAAUAUUGUGGUGUUACUUUCAUAAUCGGAAUCAAUACAUAAUAUUUGCAUUUUACACAUUAACCAUGAUGAAACUUUCACAUUCUGUAUUUUUGUUUCUCGGUUGAGAACUUAAUUUAUUUAUAUGUUUUUGAAGUAUAUUCAGUACAUUCAGUUCUAGUAAUGUAGUACCUUUACAGUAUUAUUAAGAUUUUUUUUUUCUCGCAUUUUAAGAAUGUUUAUGACAUUUGAGAGUGUUGUUGUUCUGCAUCAAGCUAGUUAAGAAUUUAUGGUACGGGAGUGGUAAAUAAACACGGUAUUAUACUAAUGCCGUUUAUACACAGUCAUAUAUCCUACUUUUUUCAUACGUGUACCAGAUUUUUUCUGUAGCUGUAAUUAAAAAAUAAGCACAACAAAGAAGUGUAUAGUUUUGUAAAUAUCUUUAUGAGAGUCUUUGUGGGUUUGUGUGUAUGUAGGCUGUACAGAUAUUUUUGACAGUCACUUAGAAGAUUCCAAGUGCAUGUAAUGGUGAAACUUUGCAAUAUUGUCAAUAAAACAUGUGUUGUAAGUUAUUCUUGCAAACAAUGAGAACAAAA